AUGUCAAAUGCCUUGAAUGCCAUACUUCCCAUAGCAAAGGAACUGAAGCAUUUUGCACUUCAAACGGGGAUGAGUAAUUAUGUAGCUUCCAAUGGGAAAAUGAUUCAGUUGUUCGACGAAGAAUGGGUGGCUUGGACUGUGCAUAGACCUGGGUUGUUGAUGGGUGGCUCCAACAGGGCUUUGUUUAAUUUCAUAGGGAGUUUAUGUGUUUACGGUGCUAUUUGUAAACAUUUGAACCUCCCUUUUGUGUUUGGAGGGACAAGUGAGUGCUGGGAAGAGAGUUAUAUCGAUGGCUCCGAUGUGAGACUCGUUGCCGAGCAACAGAUUUGGGCAGUCACCACCGCAUGUGGUGAUGGGGUGUGUUCAUAUGGCCAGGCGUUUAAUGCAAUCAAUGGUUCGAGUUUUACCUGGAAGGAGAUAUGGCCAAUACUGGGAAAGAAAUUUGGAGUUAGAGUGCCGGAAGAGAUGUUUUUGGAGGGUUUUUGGUUUGAAACCGCCAUGGGAGACAAGAAGAAAGAAUGGGAAGAAAUCGUGGUGAAGGAAAGGUUGGUGGAGACAAAGAUGGAAGAUUUGGCGAAUUGGGAAUUCUUAGACAACUUGUUUCGGUUCCCGACCAAACUGUUGGGGUCACGAGCUAAGAAAACCCAUCUUCUAAACCAUGAAAAGUCAUUUAUUUUUUCUGUUUUUUUCUUGUUUACACUAGCCCAUGGAUUGAACACCAAAUGUGAGACUCGAGACCGAGGUUCAGACCUCCAAGUGUUCCACAUUUACAGUCCCUGCUCACCCUUCAGACCCUCAAAGCCACAGUCAUGGGAAGAGGAUGUGCUCCAAAUGCAAGCCAAGGACCAGGUCAGGCUCCAAUAUUUGACCAGCCUUGUGGCCAAGAAAUCCGUGGUGCCAAUAGCUUCCGGCAGGCAGCAGAUUGUGCAGAGUCCAACUUAUAUCGUGAGAGCCAGCAUCGGAACCCCAUCUCAAACCUUGCUAAUGGCCAUGGAUACCAGCAACGAUGCCGCUUGGAUACCUUGCACCGGCUGCACCGGCUGCUCCUCCACUGUUUUCGAAAAUGCUAAAUCCAUCACUUUCCACACCCUCGGCUGCCAAGCUCCUCAAUGCAAGCAGGUGCCAAAUCCCAGCUGCGAUGCCACUGGCAACACUUGCAUAUUCAACAUGACCUACGGUGGUUCCACCAUUGCUGCAAACCUUUCACAGGACACAAUCUCCUUAGCCACCGACUCUGUCCCGAGCUACACUUUUGGCUGUCUGCGGCAGACGACCAGCAACUCGGUGCCACCACAGGGUCUGUUGGGGCUGGGUCGAGGUCCAUUGUCCCUUCUGUCUCAGACCCAAGACUUGUACCAAUCCACAUUCUCUUACUGUUUGCCUAAUUUUAGGUCCUUGAACUUUUCUGGGUCAUUGAGACUUGGACCAGUUGGGCAGCCAUUGAAGAUCAAAUCCACCCCGUUGCUGAAGAACCCUAGGAGACCAUCGCUUUACUUUGUGAAUCUGAUUGGAAUUAGGGUUGGAAACAAAGUUGUUGAUAUCCCACCAUCUGCCAUUGCUUUCAAUCCCACCACCGGUGCCGGCACCAUUAUUGAUUCCGGUACCGUCUUCACCCGGCUAGUCGAACCAGCCUAUGUCGCUGUCCGAGAUGAGUUUCGGAGACGUGUUAAGGUUGCCAACGUGGCAUCCCUCGGAGGAUUCGACACAUGUUACAAUGUACCGAUAGUGGCACCGUCUAUAACGUUGAUGUUUGCCGGCAUGAACGUGACACUGCCAGAAGAUAACCUGUUAAUCCAUAGCACAGCGGGCAGCAUCACAUGUUUGGCGAUGGCAUCGGCACCAAAUAAUGUGAAUUCCGUGCUGAAUGUGAUAGCCAAUAUGCAGCAACAGAACCAUAGGAUCCUUUUCGAUGUGCCCAAUUCGAGAUUGGGCGUUGCCCGUGAGCUCUGCACCUAAAUACCAUCUCUGCUUGGGCAAUUCGAUUAUUCGUCUUCUGUUGGUGUAACGUGAUUGUUU